GAAUAUUCAAUUAUCUUUGUAUUUAAUAAAUUGAUUUUUGUCAUAUAAAUGAAUUGAGUUUUUAUAUAAGAAUUCGUCUAAUAAUUAUUAAAUAAAAAGAAAACUAUAUCAGAGCGUAGAAAUGAUACUGAAUAGGUUAUUGUUGACAUCAGAUAUUACAAUCAUCCCCAAAAAGAUUAUAAUUAUCACUUAAUUAGAAUAAAUGAAAUGGCAUCACGAUUGACAUUCAAAUUGCUAUAAUAGUGAAACACCGGCAAUUUCAUUUCUCUUGUAAUGGACGAUGUAGAGGUUCCAAUUUUUUACGACGAUGAAGUUGAUUUUGUGGAGCAUGAAUAUUUACAAGAUGUGGAAUAUGAAUACGAAUAUGAAAAUGUGGAAAGAGAAACGUUAUUUGAAUUAUAUCAAUAUUGUCUUCGACCUACUAUUUAUGAUACAGUAUCAUAUAUAUUGCCACUAUUUAUUUCUACUAUAAUAUUUAGAUUAUGUGCAUAUUCUCGACAUGUAUCACAUAGAACUUUUCAUAUAUUAUCAAUGUUGAUUGGUAUAUGUAAUAUUUAUCAUUAUGUAGCAGAAUGUUUAUAUACAUUACUAAUACUUUGCACGAUUUCAUAUAUUACUUUACAUAUACCCAAAAAAUAUUGUAAAUACAUGGGCAUAUUUUUACCAUCACUUUUUAUUAUAACAUAUUGUGAAUUUACUAUGUCAUCUAUAGUAUGGCAUAAAAUACGGAGUGUAGUAAUGACUAUGGCAAUGAAAACGAUUAGUAUAGCGAUAGACCGAUCUGAUACAAAUGAUUUACCUAAUAUCUUUGCCUAUAUGGGAUAUAUGUUUUGUAGUGUCACUUGCCUCUUUGGCCCAUGGAUAUCAUUUAAAGAUUAUAUAUCAAUACGUUACACAACUCAUCAAGAUAAAUGGUGGGUAUUAUAUACUAUUCAGUAUGUAUUCUUGUCUUUCCUUUUUUUGUCUAUUUCAAAUUGUUGGGCACAAUGGGUGAUUGCAGAAACUUCUUGGAAAUGGUUAUUAGCUUAUAGAGAUGCAUUAUCUUUCAGAAUGUCUCAUUACUUUAUUUCAUAUAUAGCAUCCAGUUUAUUAUUACUAGGAGGAUUUCCAUAUGCAUUAAGUACUGUAGUGAAACCAUUAAAAAUAGAAUUACCACAUUCACUUGUGCAUGUUGUUAUUUGUUGGAAUAUACCAAUGCAUUUUUGGCUAAAAACAUAUAUAUUCCGUCCCAGCAUUAAAUAUUUGGGAAAGUUUGGAGCUGUAACAAUGACGUAUUUAACAAGUGCCCUUUUACACGGGUUAAAUUUUCAGUUAGCAGCAGUUUUACUUAGUCUUGGAUUUUAUACCUAUGUAGAAUUUCAAUUUAGAUAUAUGCUUGCUAAUAUUUUUGAUGCAUGUGUUGCAUCAAAGCAGUGCACCAAAACUAAAUGUACACAUGCAUAUAACAUUCACAAUUCAUGGUGGGUGCUUUUAAUAAACAUGAUGUUUUCUGGACUAUCAAUUUUUCAUCUAGCUUAUUUAGGUCUUAUGUUUGACACAUCUGAGUUACAAGAAACAGGAUAUAGUUACAUUCAUACUAUUGAAAAAUGGUCUCAACUUGGAUUUGCUAGCCAUUGGGUAGUAUUUGCUACAUACUGCAUAUAUUUUUUGAUCAGAUAGUACUAAUUGUAAGCAUAUAAAUAUUUAUUUUUUCAACAUAUUCCUAAUAAUGAACAUUUAAUAUUAUUUUUUGUAUCAGUAAUUCAUAUACAUCACAUAUAUAACUUAUUAUUUAACUAAAUUUGAAUAUAAAUGUUA